AGAAGAAGGAAAAAAGAAAACAUUGCGUCCAUACGCCCAGUUUAUAGCCGUCAACGACGAUGACAAUGAAGAGCACAUCAACUCAAAGAUUGUCAAAGAUCCCCCUACAAAUGCUCAGAAGAGACUGGCUUAUGGUAAUGACAGAUGUGGACACGGGCGGAGUUCAGAGCUGUGAAAACUACACAACUGUCGCUCUCGAGUCUGCACGCGGUUUAACCAGAGCGAAGCGCUUUCUUCUUAGAAGGCGUUUACCUUCUGAUAUAUCAUACAUUGGCACCUUUUUUGCUGGAUAAUUCAAACAACCCAUACUCUUUUUGAAACGUAGAGUUGCUGCCACCAGCACUAGAAAUAGCGACAGAAGACGCUGAAGAAAAGUAGGCUGCGUAUCGCACGAGAGCUUCGAGAGGGUGUGGGAGAGGAGGUACUCCCAUCUCCAUGGCCUAUACUCUGGCCUCAGGCCCCGAUGCGGGUCCUGCCAUUGGGCCCCAGCACUGCAUCACAAAGGUAGAGCUCUCUGUCUGUGGCUCCAACCUGCUGGACCGCGACGUGGCAUCCAAGUCUGACCCCUUCUGUGUUCUUUUCCAUGAUGUGGAUGGCAACUGGGUGGAGCUAGCUCGAACAGAGACUGCUGUGAACAACCUGAAUCCAGUAUUCGGUGUGAAAUUCCAAGUAGAUUACCACUUUGAGGAGGUCCAGAAGCUCAAGUUUGCCAUGUUUGAUGAGGACAAAUGCAGCACCCAGCUUUACGAACACGACUUUCUGGGCGAGUUCACCUGCACACUGGGUGUGAUUGUGUCAAAUAAGAAGCUACAUCGACCACUGAUUCUGGCUAAUGGCAAGCCAGCAGGGAAGGGGGCUAUCACAAUAACAGCCCAGGAGUUAUCAGACAACAGAAUAAUCACCCUAACCAUGUGUGGGAGGAAGCUGGAUAAAAAGGACUUUUUCGGUAAAUCAGAUCCCUAUUUAGAAUUCCACAAACAAGGGGAUGAUGGGAAAUGGAUGAUGGUUCACAGAACAGAGGUCAUUAAGAACACUUUGGAUCCUGUAUGGAAGCCUUUCACAGUGCCUCUAAUCUCACUUUGUAAUGGAGAUGUGGACAGAAACAUCAAGGUGCUGUGCUACGAUUACGACAACGACGGAGGCCAUGACUUCAUCGGCGAGUUUCAGACCACCGUUAACAAGAUAAGCGAAGCACAGAACGGAGUGGAGGUUGAGUUUGAAUGCAUUAAUCCGAAAAAACAGAAGAAAAAGAGCUACAAAAACUCUGGGGUCAUAAUAGUGAAGUUAUGCAAGAUUACCAGAGACUAUUCCUUCCUGGACUACAUUCUGGGUGGCUGUCAGCUCAUGUUUACUGUUGGCAUCGAUUUCACAGCGUCCAAUGGCAACCCCAGGGAGCCGUCGUCUCUGCAUUAUAUCAACCCAAUGGGCAGCAACGAAUAUCUGUCCGCCAUCUGGGCUGUAGGCCAGAUCAUCCAAGACUAUGACACGGACAAAAUGUUUCCUGCACUUGGAUUUGGGGCUCAACUCUCACCUGACUGGAAGGUAUCCCAUGAGUUUGCAAUCAACUUUAACCCCACCAACCCUUUCUGCUCAGGUGUGGAAGGGAUCGUUCAAGCUUAUUCCAACUGCCUGCCUCACAUCCGCUUCUAUGGACCAACCAACUUCGCCCCCAUCAUCAACCAUGUGGCCCGCUUCGCUACCCAGGCCCUCCAACAGGACACUGCUGCACAAUACUUCACGCUACUCAUCAUUACUGACGGUGUGAUCAGCGACAUGGAUGAGACACGUCAUGCUAUAGUUCAAGCCGCCAAACUGCCCAUGUCCAUCAUUAUCAUCGGGGUGGGCAACGCCGACUUCACCGCCAUGGAGUUUCUGGACGGAGACAGCAGCGCACUCAGAUCCUACACGGGAGAGGAGGCGAUCCGAGACAUCGUGCAAUUUGUCCCAUUCAGGGACUUUCGCAACGCUCCGAAGGAAACUUUAGCCAAAUCCGUAUUGGCAGAGCUGCCGCAACAGGUCACACAGGAUUUCAAACAGAGGAACCUGUCGCCUAGCAACACAAUGCCGGAAUAAGCGCUGGAGGCCUGGAGUUCACACUGCAUGUUGCCAAAACCUGCUAACUGUUUACAGACCACCCUUGACCAAUUCAGUGGACAAAGUGCAUGUUUUUUUCUGUACA